AUGGAAGAAGGACUUUCAGGAAAUACCAACCCCGUCGUUUCUCACGAACAGGCCGUUGUUGCUGUUGAAUCCACGACAGCUGCUCUUGACGUGCUUUCUCUGGAUUCUGACAGCUUGGAACGUAGUCCGUGUGCGAUCGAGUCCAGAUCGUCGUCCUUUGAUAUGAUAGACGACAUCAGUUUUCUUGGUGGCAACUCAAUGGGCAAUGGGUCUGGGCCACAGGCCGCUGUGGAGCCACUUGAUUCAAUUCAACUAGACGAUCUGAAACUAGUUUGGCACGAAGACCCGCUCGCGUACGCAAGCGAGUUCCAACAGUUUUGGACUUCACUAAAGAUCAGAUUAGAAAAGUCUUCAUUGAGCGUGAUCUGCGAGCCCUUUGAGAAGAGAGAGCGUGCAUUGACGCUGGAUGUGGGACUUGAACUCAGGCUGGAGUCUAUUCUGAAGAGGAUUAUUGACGAGAAGUAUCAGGACAUACGUGGUGACGGAGAUGGUGCUUACAAGUUUCUGUGCAAUAUUGGCGAUAAGUUUGGGCCACAAGGGAAGCAACGAACGUGCUCGGAGGAGUAUGAAGAGGUUCUGGCCAAGAUGGACCUUCCUUACAUUAAGAUCCCGGUCUAUCCCAAACCUAUUUCGCGAUUACUACGCUUCAUUAGGUAUUGGUCUCAUUUGAAGCGUGCUAUCCAAGAUACAUCUUUUGCGCCGCUUAUCGAGCAAUUUGAACAAACGUUGAGAGGAGAAGAACCAGUGAUGGCAGACUACAACGACGCAGAAUUACUGAAAAUAUUGAAGGCCACUAUCAGCCCGUACUAUUUCAGACACUACCCAAAACUAGAGAAUCUGUCUCCAUCGAAUACCUCUCUGGACGUGCUCGUCAAAUUAUACAAAGUGUUCACUCCGGGAGGUUUAAAUUCCAACCAAAUCACCCACACGGCUCGUCGUAUCAAAUUAUCUGCAUGCAAAACAGAACUACGUGCAACAUUCCAGGAUAUCGAGGAAUUGCACAAGUUUGCUGCCCUUGUUGGACUAAGCUUCACCGAGCAGGAGUUUUGCGAGAAGAUAGUGUUCAGUAUGAGAGAACCGUACGUUACGAUCGCCAUGUCAUGCAUAGGACAACCAAUCACCUACAAAACACUCUUGGAUAAACUUGUCUAUUACAACCAAGUGCUGAAGACUGAAAGAUACACGAAACGUCGCUAG